AUGGCUUCGACUUUUGACUCCUCGCAUCCGGUCCCAAUCAUAGCGACACAGGAAGGCAUUGUACAGCAAGCAUAUGCCCAUACAUAUGAUGAAAAGCUUGAUUUGGACCUGAAGACUCCAAUUGACGAGAAGAAUCAGUCGUCUUCUGAUGUUGAGGUCGUUGUGGUAGAUGGAGAUAUCAUUCGGGAGUCUGACUACACGCCAGAGCAGUACAGAAAGCUCCUGAGGAAAAUAGAUCGAUAUCUCCUACCAUUGAUGUGGAUCUGCUACGGCAUUCAGCAAACUGAUAAGAUAUCUCUUGGGACGCAAGCGCUUUUUGGUCUUCGCGAGGAUACUCAUCUCAAGGGCCAGCAGUACCAAUGGCUUACUUCUAUCUUUUACAUCAUGUAUAUGUGUGGGGAAUUUCCAUCAAACUUCCUUCUUCAAAGAUGGGCGCUAGGGAGAACAUUGAGCAUUUAUAUGCUAUGCUGGGGAGUCUGCAUAAUAACAAUCAGCUCAGCCCAGAACUGGUCCCAUCUCAUGGCCAUCCGUGCCCUGCAAGGAUUCUUCGAAUGCACGAUCUCUCCUGGCUUCCUCCUAAUCAUCGGCAAUUGGUAUCGAACAGAGGAGCAUGCAGCUCGCGCACUGUUUUGGCAAUCUGCCAACGCUGGCUUUGGCAUAAUUGCGGAUUUGGUCAACUAUGGAAUUGGCCAGCGUGCUGAGGAACAUGGUGGUCUAGAACCAUGGAGAGGGGUGUCUCUAUUCUUGGGGUCGUUGACACUUGUUGCGGCUCUAGUUUGUUUUGCCUUGCUUGGAAGCCCGAGGGAAGUUAGGUGGCUGAGUAAGGAGGAAAAACGAAUGGCUGCUGCCCGUAUUGUAAGAAACAAAGCUGGUAGAGAUGUCACCGGAAGAAAGUGGUCGUGGCCGCAGGUUUCCGAGGCAUUUCGAGAUCCCCAAUUAUACUUCUGCAUGGUUAAUGCUUUCUUGUCAUCUGUUCCGAAUGGUAGCGGAUUGACAUCAUUCGGAUCACUCAUGUACAAGUCUUUCGGCUUCACAGAAUUGCAGGUUCUACUUAUCGGCAUCCCACGCUCAGUCGUCUCUCUCAUCAUCUUCCUGAUAGUCGGUAUCUAUACUCGUCGAGUAAAGCAGCGUCGAUUAUACGUUAUGGCUCUUGCCACCCUUCCUGCAUUUGCUGGGAUGCUGGGCAUGGCUCUUCUACCAAACACCCCUCAUUACAAGUGGUCCAAAUGGUUCCUAUACCUCAUUACCGUACCCUACGUGCUAUCGCUCUUCCUAGCUUGGACUCUCAUACCAUCCAACGUCGCCGGGCGGACUAAGAAGACUGUCAUCUCAUCCGCCACAUUUGUCGGCUACUGCGUAGGCAACAUAGCAGGAAGCCAAAUCUUCAAGACCAAAGACGCUCCCCAAUACAUCCCCGGAACUAUUGGCUGCGCCAUUUGCCUCGGUGCCGAAUUCGUUCUUAUUGCUGUAUGGCGUCUGUAUUAUAUGUGGCAGAAUAAGAGACGAGACCGCAUGGCUGCUGAGAGUGGGGUUGGCAAGGAAGAGCAGGAGCGCUUGGGGAGGGAAAUGGGCGAGAGGGAUGUUACGGAUCUGCUGAAUCCUUAUUUUCGCUAUACCAUGUAG